AACACUAGACCAGAUGAACACUACUAUACUAUUAACCUUGCAAAAGUUUCAAAUUAUAAAAGAGAAGCAAGACAUCAAGAAGUGUGGAAAAUAAUUCAAAGUCUACUUAAUUGUAAAGAACCUAUUAUCAAAUCUCAAGCUGAAUAUUUAGCUGCUGAAUAUUAUCUCCAUGGAUG